AUGGCAAAACCGAUGCAGCUCUGGGAUUGUUUCAAAGAUGAAUUUAAAGCAGAGGAAAAGUUCAAAAUUGUUAAUGGGAUGAGCUUUAGUCCGGAGAUAACACAUACUGAAUCUGUAAAGAGUAUGAACGCAUAUGACAAGAUGCGAGAUGAUGAUGUCAUAGUAUCUUCCUAUCCAAGGUCUGGAACUCAUUGGAGCAUAGCAUUGGUAGACCUAGUGAUGCAUGGUGGGGAUAUAGAAUCUGUCAAAGAUAGACAUAUACAUGAGAGAAGCAUUUGGAUAUUCCAAUGCCAAUGCUUGCUGGAAAGGUUGAGAUGAGUAUAGAAAAUAUAGAGAAACAAGAAAACCCCAUGGUUGCUGCGGAGAGUGCACCAUCGCCUCGUCUCCUCUCAACACAUCUUACUUAUGACUUUAUGCCAGAAUCAGUGAAACAAGGAAAAUGCAAGGUUGUGGUUAUCCUCAGAAAUCCCAAGUCGGUAGUUACAAGUCUUCAUGUUUUGAAUGAUGUACCAGAGUAUUACAAGGUGGUGCCUACUAUUGACCAAACUAUUGAUGCAAUGUUAACAGAUGCUCAAGAUCAAUUGAUAUAUGGAAGUUGGUUCAAUCAUGUUAGUAAAUGGUGGCUGAACAAGGACAAACUGAAGGGAAACAUUCACUUCAUCUUCUAUGAGGAUAUGAAAAAGAACAUGGGAGAAGUAAUCAAAGGCCUUGCAAAAUUCCUGAAUAAAAGCAUACCUGAUGACCACAUAGAUAAAAUGGCAGAACAUCUUCAAUUUGAGCAAAUGUUGAAAAAUCCCAAAACUGGUAAAGCAUUUGAAAACAUUAAAGUAACUGAUGAAACCAUGGACUUGAUGGAAACAGAUGCAUACAAAGCUUCACAUAUGAGGAAAGGUGUCAUAGAUGACUGGAAAACAAAAAUGACAGCGGCUCAAAGUAAAAGAAUUGAUGCAUUUUAUGGGCCAAGGUUGGAAAAAAUUGGGCUGAAAUUCCAAUAUGAGUGAAGAACUUGUUUGAUGUGUCAGGAAUGGAUACAAUUUGUUUAAUGUAUAUAAUUCUGAAAGACAUAUGUGUGAAACCAGCCCUUUCAUUUGAGUGCAUUUGAGGCAAAUCUGCCAGCAGUCUUCCUUGUUUAUAUUGAUUUCAUAUUGUUGAGAAUUGCAGAAAUAUAAUACAUCAUUAUAGUCAUAUGAUUAUAUUACUACA